CCAUCCCGUCCCCUUCCCCUUACCGCCUCGCCCUCCCCUCCAUAUCAACUCCCAUCCCAUCCUCGACGAUGCCCCACCGUUCAUCCCGCAAGCCCUCCCCAACAACCAUGUCCCACCUCAUCAACAUCCCCGAGUCCCCCGAGGCACACAAAGCAAUCUUCCUCGAGCGCGAGCGUGUACACAACGCCGUCCUCACGCGAAGGGAUGAGCGAGUACGCAAAUUCGUCGACCCGUUCGAGAACUUCUUCGUGCGCAAGUGGCUCUUGUUCGAGAGCACUUUUGCCCUCAGCAUGCUCGAACCGUGGGAAAAGGUCCUCGUCUUAUCACUCUGCUUCUUCCUCUUCUCCCUAAUCACGAUCGGCGUCUGCCGCUACCUCCCCUACCAUAUCCAGUUCCUUGCCCGCCGCGCCAGCUUCUACAUCCUCGGGGACGAGAGUGCACACGUAAGGCAGCUGGCAACACUCCUCGGAGCGAAGCGGCAUUAACAGCUUGUGCACAAUCUGCUAUGCCGCUAUGCCUCCUUUUCGUUUCGCCUUCUUCGAGCGGAUCAAACCCGAGGAGUUUCCGCACGUAAGGAGCAUCAGUGCUCAUGACAACUUACCCACUGAUGAGACAAUGUUGCUUUUUAAAUGCUUCUUCCUGCGCAUGUAUCAUAACCUUAUAUCCCUUGGUAUGAAGACGUAAUAACCACUGCUGCUGAGCGCUCUCAUGUCUGAUGCGUCAAAACGUCUCUAAAGGCUGAAACAAGCUUGAAGUCCGGGAGACCAGCGCAGUGCUUUACGCCACGGUGCGAUCAAUCCAGCCCACGAUGACUACCCAACCUGCUUUUCC